AUGGCCACCACUCUCCGCAACAACGUCUGCGACGUUCCCAUCGACUUGGACUACACCACUGACGAACUCGACUUUUCCGCUCCUAUGCAAGACAGCGGGGAUCUACGAACAAAGGAGGACGAGCCCCCGGCCUCGUCUUGGUCCUCGUCCAGCGGCAGCUUUUACGAAGAGCUCGAGACUUCGCCAAUCGGUAUUGGAUCUACUUGGUACUGGCACUCUCCAUCCGAGCAACCGCUCGACAAGCCCAACUGGUGCAAGUCGAGCCCAAAUGCCGGCUACGCACUGCACGCUACAGAGGAUGGCUCGCAUGAGAAGCAAAAGGUGCACGUUCAAACUCAUGACAGCGUUCUCAAGUCUUCCAAGCUCUUCGUUAGGACCGUCAGUGGCAAUUCACCAACACAGAAGCGAUAUGUGAUGGCGAAGAAGCUGAUGAGCACUCGUGAAAUUGAAGUUCUCCAAUAUCUGGAUGCUCCGGCUUCGCGCUAUGAUCCAUGGAACCCCGCACCACCCCUCCUAUCCAUCGUCAAUGCCGACGAGGGUACAGAAGAUGAGGAGGGAGAACCGCAAGCAAUCUAUGAACCGAUCAUGCCCUUUGACUAUCUACCAAUUGGCACCGUCGGCGAGGCUAUCGACUUGAUCAUGCAGUUAUUGCAGGGACUCGUAUUCCUUCAAGAGCUCAAGAUUGUCCAUGGCGAUAUUCACCGGGAAAUCAUCAUGAUGGACAAGGGUACGGACUCGGCAGAUAACGGUGAGAACCGUAUCACUCGCAAUGUUCGCUACUUUUUGGCGGACUUUACGCAUGCUACGAUCGUGGAGAACCCACGGGAUCAUCUAUUUGCUGAAGACCUGCGUGACCUCGGUUUGCUGAUGGAUGCCACCUUUGGCAGCUGCCUUCCGGAGCUUUCGGAUAUCAUCCUGAAGAUGACAGACGUACAACACUUCACCAAUAAUGCCUAUGUCCCUCCACACAUUCUGCUUCUACCCAGUGGCGCCGAGUUGGACAAGACGCAGAGUCUAAUUGCGGAGCUCGAGAACAAAUUGAAGAAGUUGGACAAGCAGUUACAGCAAGAACGUAGACGAGAGAAGAUCAGACUCGAAGAAGAACACGAAGUCUUUGCCGCACUUCUCCUCGAACUCAGAUCUUCGGCCUCUGGCCAAUCCAACUCGAAUAAUAGCGACGAGAUUACGUCUUUGGAGAGCGAAGAAAACGAAGCUCGGCGUGCCAUUCGUCGUGAAUUCAAGGACCGCAUAGACGCCUUGCUUCUAGAACGGCGUCAGGUAGAAGAGCAGAUUGUACAGCAAAGAUCUCUUUUCGCUCCCAUUCACAAGCUCAAUGACGAUAUAUUCAUCGAAAUUUUCGCCCUCUGCGUCUACGGUGGGCUGUCUCCUUGGAUACUUACCCACGUCAAUACUCGCUGGAGAGCACUCGCUCUUUCUAGUGAGACGCUAUGGUCUGGGAUCAUGGUCACGACGAAUAUUGACGAAGAGCUCACGCGGAGGAUGGAAGGCAAGGAAGUCUGUAAUAACCCUGGCCGUCUUCGCCGCGCCUUGAAGAGAGUCGGCGCCGCCCCCAUCGACCUGGACAUCUCACUAAACUGGUCACAUAAGGCUUUGGAUGCCAAUACCGCAGCUGAAAUGAUUGUCGAGGUGUGCAAGACUAGCGCGCAGUGGCGCAAACUACACCUCGAAAACUCGCAGAAAGUCGUUGAUGAAGAUCAUGUCUUCCCUUCCGAUCUAUUCGCGCAUGGAUUACCGACAUUGAAGAGCGUAUCGUUUCAUAUGCAACACUGGAAACAUGCAUUACCCAGCAGAGGACUCGUUCCCUUUCGUGGUAUACUCGACACCAUUGAACAAACGUCUAGCCUGAUAGAGCUGGCGGGCCUACAUGGAGGGGGACAUCGCGAUCCCACUGACGAAGCUUACGCGCAACCAACUAUAAUCAGCCAUGCGACACUGGUUCGCCAUAGUCCAAGAGAGAUCAAAGAGGCGUGUAAUUAUCUGCUCGAUGUGCGGAGUGACAUGCUCCUCGCACGACAGUAUACCCCUCUCUUUCUCGAUGAUCAACAACGAGCCAAAGAGAUCAGCGAAGCAAUCGCUUCACGCGAUGGCAUAGCCCCAACAACGCGUCAGUUGUUGAUAUCUCGCUCUUUUGAAACCUCACUAUCUUCUCUGCGAAUACUACAGCUGGAGGUCUUGGAUCUUGUCUCACGAGAUGGCCUUCACUUCUCGCGAAAUAUAUCCUUACCGAAUCUAUACCAACUCGCUCUGCUUUGUGGUGAUAUUAAAAACCUCCACCUACUCCAAACUCCCAAUUUAGACAAUCUCCGCAUCGUUCUCACGGACGACUCCGACUAUGCAAUCUAUUCCAGUAGGAUUGUUCUUGAAGGUCUUUGGAACCAACAAUCGCCUAUGUUUUGGAAUGGAGUAUCCCUGAAGCGAAUCAAGCUCAGGGGUGUCGGCCUCAGCUUCAGCGCACUUCACUCCCUUUCCAUGGCGAACGCGGAGCUCCGAUCAAUAGAAAUGGAGGAUAUACAUUUCGAUAUUCCGGACGCAAUAUUAGCCUUCGCAGAUGGGAGCAACCUCCCAAAGCUAGGGCGUAUCGAAGUUAACUACACAAGGAGGCUCUCGGAGAAUAAGCUGAUGUUUAUGCAGCAAAACAUGACCCACGUGGCGAGCGCUCGACCGCAAGCUCAAGUUACGCUCAUUCAUCAAGGAAAGAUAACGGAGUAUUGGAUGAGGCAACGAGAGUAA